AUGGCGUGUCUUCUAGAUCUCCCAAACGAAUUAUUCUUCGAGAUAAUCAAGGUCCUCGAUAUUGGCGACAAAAUCAACCUAAGCUCAACAUGCAAAUUUUACAGAGCCCAACUUUUGCCAGAAAUUUUUAAAGCAAUACGAUUAAAUAAUGAUGAGGCAUCGGCAACAUCUGCACGGACUGUCGUUGAGACUUACGGCCAGUACACAAAAACAAUCGAAUUUAUAUGCCAAUGCGGACGAGAUGAUAGGGCAACGGCACCGUCUUUGCUACCGGCAGCUUGCGGGGUCUUGAAAGGUCACUUCACGCCAAACCUACAAACUGUCAAAGUGAAGUUUGACUUUGACCUCGAUAAUGAAGACAAUGAGGUCUAUCAGGACUUCGACUUUCAUGAAGAUGCGAACUAUACGCGCGAGAGGGAACUGCGAGAGAAAUGGCGGGCGCUUAUGAACGAGACUUGGGAGGCUCUUGUCGCCAAUACUCUAAUCACUGAGCUUAUCCUUGAUUGCUUUCCACCAAAGUGGACAUCUACAUAUCGUACUGAUGCGUUUCGCCAGUUUCUUAAUCAGCUUGAAUCUGCAACAUUCAACAUCUUUGGCUUCGAAGAUUACUCAGGAAUCCGGACUAAUACAAUGACAGACUAUCGUAAAUUUCUCCGCAACUUGGAUGCUUUAUUUUUCCGCCAUAUGAGGGGACUUAAAUAUCUGCAUAUUCAGGCUUCGGAUCCUCUUGGUUCCGCCGAACACGGCGGCAAUACUUUUAUCCCGCUUGCUUUAAAGCCAGGCGACCUCCCUCUUUUACAAUCUCUCACGUUAGAAAACUGCUUCGUCUGCCCAGAGUUGAUUUCGUUUAUACAAAGUCAUGCCCAGGUCAUCAAAUUUCUCGACAUAGAUGAGUGCUUCUGCUGGUCAGAAGUGCCUUGGGCUCAGUUCUUUGAUGAGAUAUAUGAAGCGAAGCCACGGCUUACUGAGUUACUUGCUGGGGGCAAUAAGGCGCCAUUUCCGUUCGAUGAAAUGCCUUAUUGGGAAGAAGACGACACUGUUCUACUUAUGCACCAGAAGUUAGAGGCAGACUCAACACUAAAGAUCUUUAGGCAGAUGCACCUGGAUCCUGAUAACGGUAUACUCUCUGUGGAUCAUGACGAAACUGUGGAGCGAUUCAACCGUGGUGAUGAUCAGAGGGCAUACAAUCGUCUGAUGGCACUGGUCAAUGAGAAUAGGCAAAGUCUGUCCUAA